ACCGACGCCAUUUUUAUCUACAAACGAAACACGAAUCUCCUUACUAUUGUGACGAAAUAGUAUUCUAAGAUUUUAAUCUAGAAGCUUGUAACGGUCUAAAUAUGUCUGCCCAUGAUCAAGUUCGAGCUAUGCUCGAUGAACUUAUGGGAACUGCGCGAGAUGGGGCCUAUCGUAUGCUGAGAUUUCAAGAAUAUAUGAAAGGCUGAUGGCGUCGGUCUGAGCUGUGAUGCCUCUAGAUGUGCCAUGAAAUUUGAUGACCCUCGCGUAUGUAAGAGUUUUCUACUAGGCUGCUGUCCCCAUGAUAUACUAUCAAGCACGCGGAUGGACCUUGGAGAUUGUCCAAAAUAUCAUGAUGUAGCCUUGCGAGCUGACUUUGAAAAUGCCUCGAAGAAGAAAGAUUACUUCUAUGACAUUGAUGCCAUGGAGCACCUGCAGAGCUUCAUCAAUGAGUGUGACCGCAAGACAGAGCUGUACAAACGGAGGCUUAAAGAGACCCAGGAGGAGCUGAGUGAAGAGGCCAACAGCAAGGCUGAAGCCAUUCACAACCUCGGUGAAGAGAUAGGUACCAAGCUGGCCAAAGCUGAGGCAAUGGGAGCUGAGGGAAAAGUGGAGGAGUCCAUGGAACUCAUGAAUGAGGUUGAAGAAAUCAAGAAAAAGAAAUCUUUGGAAGAGCAAGAGUACAAGAACUCUAUGCCAGCAUCCAGUUAUCAGCAACAAAAGCUGCGUGUGUGUGAGAUCUGUUCGGCCUACCUGGGUAUCCAUGACAAUGACAGACGUCUGGCAGACCAUUUUGGGGGCAAGCUUCAUCUUGGCUUUAUCACCAUCAGGGACAAACUGGCCGAAUUGAAGUCAACGCAUGCUGACCGUAUUCGCCAGCGUGGGGAAGAGAGGGAAAAACAGCGGCAGAGGAGAGAAGAGGAGAGGACUCAUGAGUCACGGGACAGAAGUAGAAGCAGAAGUCGUAGGCGAUCUAGAAGCCGCAGCAGGUCACGCCGGCGGCGGUCACGAUCCAGGGAUAGGUCAGGGUCCCGGUCAAGGCACUCCAGGAAGAAGUCCAGACGCAGGUCGAGGUCACGCUCAAAGAAAUCAAGGUCACGCUCGCGCAAACGUUCCAGGAAGUCAAGGUCACGGUCAAGAAGACAUCGGAGUAGGUCGGGGAGUCGGUCACGGCGGCGAAAGUCUCACAAGAAGUCACGUUCCAGAUCUCGCUCUCAUAAGCGCAGUUCCAGCAUAGAGAAUGGCUCGAGGAAGUCGUCACCCAGUUAUCCCGCUAUAGAGGACAUGUAGAUGGUCACAUGACCUUCAGGAGACCAUGUGACUGACUCGGAGACUAAACCAAUGAUUCUAAGUUUUAAGUGUAAAAUGAAACUAUAACUUUGUAUGUGUUUAUUCAUGAAAAUUGUUUUAAUUGCUUUGUUUAAAUUGCCAUUUGCAGGGGUCAUUUUAUCACUCAUUAGUAAUGUUCUUAAAAUGUUUUGCUGAUUAAGUCAUUGUAAAGGUUCUGUACAAACAUGCAAAUUUCUAAUUUUAAUGUUCUGUUCUUGCUCAUGCAUCAUUUUAAUAAAUCGUGUAUAAAAACUUAAAAUCUU